CAGUCUUCUCCAUCUCAAAGCGCGUGAUACGUCAGCUUCUUCUCCUUCCUCUCACCAUCUCUUCUCUCAAAUUCCCACCCAAAAAAUAAUCUCAUCUGUUCAGUCUAAAGAGGAAUUUCAGGUCCCAGCUUUUUGUUCUCUCAUCACUCAUUUAUUCCAAACAGAAGGAAUCGGAGAAAUUUGCUUUCUCAUUUUCGGUUUACUUCCUCUUUUUGUUCCUUUGAAGGGAAGAGGAGAUUUGGCUAUCCUGGUUUUGUUUUGGAGCGAAAUCGAGAGGAAGGGGGGAAAAUGUUUCCCGCGGGAUCGGAGGCGCCGAUGUCAGGAUCGGUGCCGAGGGAGAUGGUUGAGUCGUUGGCCAGUCUCGUCCGGGACGUGUCGGCGAUCGCGGAGAACUGUCGCGGCCCUUUCAGGAAGCAGGCAUGUGAUCUCGCCAGGAGGGUAAAGCUGCUUGGCCCUCUCUUUGACGAGCUGAGGGAAGGGGAGGACUCCGGCUGUGCCGGUGACGGCCGAAUUGACGUCGCCGGUUUCGUCUCUCUGGAAUCUGCCUUGGAAGCGGCCAAGGAUCUCCUUCGGUCCACGAACGAAUCCAGUAAAUUGUUUCAGGGUUUACAAAAAGGGGCUAUUUCUUGCAGAUUUAAUGAUGUAAUGUGCCAGCUAGAGAAAGCUUUGGGUGGAAUCCCCUAUAGUAAAUUAGGCUUAACGGCCGAAGUUCAAGAACAGAUUAGGCUCGUGCAUUCUCAAAUCAAAAGAGCAAAAGAAAGGACAGAGCCAUAUGACAACCAACUUUCCCUGGAUCUGUCAUCAGCAAUGUAUGAACAAGAAACAAGGCUAGACGUACUAAGGAGGCUCUCCGAAAAACUGCAACUCUAUACAAUGGAUGACCUCAAGAAGGAGUCUCUUGCUCUUCAUGAAAUGGUUAUUCAUGCUGGAGGGGACCCUGUGGAUCAUUUGGAACAAAUGGCUAACACACUGAAGAAGUUAAUGGACUUCACAAUGGAAACUUCUGACCCGUCUGACAGUGGUAAAGGCUCAUGGAGUAGUUCAUCUCCAGUCAUCCCAGAAGAUUUUCGUUGCCCAAUGUGUUUUGAGCUGAUGCAGGAUCCUGUCAUUGUUGCAACAGGACAGACAUAUGAACGUUCAUGUAUUGAGAAAUGGAUAGAUGCUGGACUUAAAACCUGCCCCAAAACCCAGUUGACAUUAUCUCACACCAUUAUAACACCUAACUAUGCUUUGAGAAGUUUGAUUACUCAGUGGUGCGAGAGUAAUGGUGUCAAGCUACCAAAAAAACCAGGGAACUGUAAGCCUGGAAAAUUUGGUGGGUGUGUCUCAGAAUGUGAUGCUGAUAUAGGUCCUUUGUUAAAGCGUUUAUCAAGCACAAGAACAGAGGAGCAAAGAGCUGCUGCUGGUGAACUGAGGUUACUAGCCAAGAGAAAUGCUGAUAACAGAAUAUGUAUUGCCGAAGCUGGCGCAAUCCCCUUAUUAGUUCAGCUUCUUUCAUCUUCAGAUCCAAGGACACAGGAGCAUGCAGUGACUGCACUUCUUAAUCUUUCAAUUCAUGACAAGAACAAGGGAAAUAUUGUUGAGUCUGGGGCGAUACCCCCCAUAGUGGAGGUGUUGAAGAGUGGAAGCAUGGAAGCAAGGGAAAAUGCUGCAGCAACACUUUUUAGCCUGUCAGUUGUUGAUGACUACAAGGUAGCAAUUGGUAAUGCUGGGGCCAUUCCUGCAUUGGUUGACUUGCUGUCAGUGGGGAGUCAGAGAGGAAAGAAAGAUGCUGCCACAGCUCUAUUUAACCUGUCAAUUUAUCAAGGAAACAAGGUGAAAGCUGUAAAGGCCGGAAUUGUUUCACAUUUAAUGAAGCUCCUGGAGGAUGUGAGUGCUGGAAUGAUGGAUGAAUCUCUGGCCAUAUUGGCCAUUCUUGCUAGCAAUCAGGAAGGUAAAUUGGCCAUAGGACAGGCAGAACCGAUACCAGUCCUGGUAGAUGUGAUCAAAACAAGUUCACCACGAAACAGGGAGAAUGGUGUGGCUCUGCUGCUUGCCCUGUGCACAAGCAGCGAACACCACCUAACAGUUGCUCUUGAGUUGGGGGCGGAGGAAGUAUUGAAGGAACUGACUGAAAGCGGCACAGCCAGAGCUAAGCGAAAGGCAGGAUCCCUUCUGGAGCAUAUGCACAAAUUUAAGGCAGAACAAAGUGCCUCAUAGCUGUUCCAACUCUCUGCUAGAUCACUGUUCGUGGAUAUAAUCAAUAGCCAGUGAAAUGCCACAUUCUGGUGCAUCGCCAAGAGUGUGGAGCAAAGCAUGUAGUCCACCAGACUCGGGUAUGGAUGGAACAGCAGAUCUUGACGUAGGUCAAGGAUAUCGCAGGUAUUUCUGCGUCCAACCUGUGAAUUGUAUUACUUUAUCUAGGGGUCUAGCAUGCUUGGAUGCUAGUGUACAGAAAUUCUGGCGUAUAGUGGAGCAAUGCUUUUUUGCUUCUUCCAUCGUCCAUUUAAAUUAUGUAUUUGGGCAUUCAUAACUCAUUAGUUUUCUUCUCCUUUUCUCAUCCAACUAUAGAUACAUUUUUAAGCCUAUAGUGUCUGUAAUUUUCAUGGAAAACUGGUUUGCAGUGCCUCUGUCAAGGUUUUCUUUAUAUCCUGAAUACAAUAGGAAAAGCUUUGUCGCUUUUCUCUUGAUUCUUUA